AUGCGGCUCUUGGUAGUCAACGACGACGGACCCCCGUCCCCCGUCUCGCCCUACUUCGCACCCCUCAUCACCGCCCUGAACGAGGCGGGCCACACAACCGUCGUGGUCAUCCCCGACAAGCCGCUCUCGUGCAUCGGAAAGGCCCACGCAGUCGGCAAGAACCUGACCGCAGAGAGCAGAUGCCCAACAUCCUUCUCUUCAGAUGACAUCAACAGCAACAACAGCACCGCCAGUAAACCCUGUACUGUCCCCGGCUGCGACGAUGUCCAGGGACCCGAAGACCGCACCCACCACUGGCUAAUCGACUUUGACCUCGUCAUCUCCGGCCCCGACCACGGCCGCAACGCGAGUACCAUCUACGCACUCAGCAGCCCUCAGCUUCGGGAGGAUUGGCACCCCGAGGUGGAGGUGUACAGCGUCAACGUGCCCAUGGUCGCCGACGUCGGUGAGGCGCCGGUGAGGGUUACGAGGACUGCGGAGGGGAGAUGGGUCACGGGGGGACUGUUUGUUCCCGUGCUUGAUGAGUCUGCUGCCGCUGCCGCUGCCGCUGCCGAUCCUGAGAAGAUGGCCAUGUCGGCGUCGUCGCGUACGUAUCAGUUUCGGUGGGCGCCGCAGCUUGGUGAUAUUAGACGGCAAGCUGAGGAGAGUCCCGAGGGUGAGGACCUGUGGGCUUCGCGUAAUGGCGUCAUUAGCAUUGCUCCGUUGAAGGCGAGCUUUACUGCCGUGAAUGUACAGAAAUAA